AUGUACAUUCGGACCGACAAAUACCAGUACCAUGCCCUGGUUUCUGACGAUAAUCGAGUAACGGGUCUUUGUUACAACGACAAGGGAAUCCUGUCUUCAGAGCAGAUGAGAAUCGGCGUAACGCAGGAAAAAGUGCAGCUGCAAUUCGCAACUCAACAGCCUUUCCACACGACACACACACCCCCAAUUUCACCAAUUCCACAAUGGUUCCAGUGUUCGGCAACAAUGACUGAAGUCAACCGCAUACGACUGUACACAGACAAUAAGAAGCCGCAGAAGCCUACAGUUGGAAUGCUGCUGAUAUAUGAAACCCGCGAAGAACUACUGGGGCAGUUUGGCUAUGACCACGAUAUUGAGGAUUAUGAGUUGACUGGACCGGUAUACUAUUUUUCAGGCAACACGCAAACAGGACCCUGUACAAAAGUCGUGUGCAAUAGGGAAAUGGGAGAAGGCUGGAUCAAGCUUCCACAAAAUGCAGAACUCGUAUGGUGGUUUAGAUUUGACUGUUCAGUACUGGAGAUUAUUGAAGAAUAG